AUGCCGAGAAAAUAUGUAAGGAAUCAUACAGUAGCCAGAGGGCAGUGGACUGAGGAAAAUUUAAUUCUGGCCAUGGCAAAAGUAAAAAAUGGUGAAAUAUCGAAAAACAAAGCUUCUAGACUUUAUGGAAUACCGAUUCGCACCUUGAGUAGGCGCCUCAAGACUGGUGAUACUAAAAAGGCUGAACUAGGUCCUCAAGCAUCACUUGGGACAGAGAACGAAAAACGAUUGGCUUCUUAUGUCAAACGUCUAGCUAACGCUGGUUUUCCACUUGGUAGAUCGACUAUUCGGUCUCUUGCCUAUCAAUUUGCUGAGAAGCUUGGAAUUCAGCAUAAAUUUUCGAAAGAAAAAGAGAAGGCUGCGCAUUGGCUCACAUCUUUUCUAGAAAGAAACAAGGAUGUCUCUGUUCGUCAAGCAGAAGGUCUAUCUGUUGCAAGAACCCAGGGAAUGAACAGAGAAGAAGUAGGUGCAUUUUUUAAACUACUUGAAGAAGAAAUGGUAAAGCAUGCUUUGACCAACAGACCUGAAAAUAUAUUUACUGGAGAAAAGGGAGAAACGAUUUCUCUGGUUGCAUGUUGCAGUGCUGAAGGUCGUUUUCUACCUCCAGUUUUAAUAAUGAAGGGAGUCAAUAAAAAGGCUGAAUUUUCUGAUGGCUUCCAUGGGUCCGUUGUCUAUAUGAACAAAAAGUCAUCUUACAUUAAUGCUGUAUUAUUUUUGCGUUGGUUUAAGGAACAUUUUCUACCCAAAAAACCAAAGACAGGUAAAACAAUUUUGAUAUUAGAUGGUCAUACCUCUCAUUCCAAUUCAAUAGAUUUGUUAGAUAUUGCCAAUGAAAAUGAUGUGAUAAUUUUAUGCUUACCAAGUCACACAACACAAGCCCUUCAACCUCUGGAUCGUAGUUUUUUCAAGCCUCUGAAAACUUUUUAUUGUCAGGAAGCAAAUGCAUGGAUGGUGAGAAACAAAAAUAGAACUUUAACAAGACUACAGGUUGGGUCAUUAAUAGGGCAAGCAUGGGGAAAAGCUGCAACGGUAGGAAAUGCGACAUCAGGUUUCAAAGCCUGUGGAAUAUUUCCACUUAAUCCCAGUGCAAUUCCAGAUCAUUUUUACGCCGUAUCUGAUUUAAUUCAAUUAGCUCCUCCAGCAAUUCCUCUUGCAAGUGCAGUAGUGCAGUCAGAUCUGUAUCCACAAAAACCAUCAACAUCCAGAUUAACAUCGACUAAUAAAGAAACACCGACAAAAUUUCUUGAAGAGUCUCAUCCCAUUCCAAAAUUAACCAUUUCAACUGUAAAACGAAAACAAGUUGCUUGUAUUUUGACUUCUCCCGAUAACAUUA